CACCCAGUCUCUUUCAACAUUCGUUUACAAUCCCACGAUUGUCAAUCUCUCGCAUCUGGACUCCCACCACCAUGUCAGACCAAUCGCAGGCGAGCUCACGCUUUACACCGCAGAACCAGACCACCAACAAUCGACUGUCGAUCAACACGGUCGGUCUAGUGGCGCUCUCGGACUUUCGCAAACGACGCGCCGAGGUCCUGGAGCAGCAGGAGCGCGAGGCUCGCGAGGCGGCACUCUCGGCACGCACAAACACCUCGACGCCGGACAGAUCGCUGACUGCGACACCGAACAACGCAAGCGCCGACAGUAGCGAGACGGAAAGGCAGAGGAAGAAGAAGAAAAAGAAGCAUGCAAAGGCGCUCGUUUCGUUCGGGGAUGAUGACGAGGAGGAGGAGGAUGAGUCUGGGCCCAAGCUUGUCACCGACCGGGGAGCAGGAGCGCAGGGGGCGGAAAAGGCUGCUAAACAGGCUGCAGAGAAGGAUGUUGGUGACAGCAGCAGUGCGGAGGCUGGCACUGAGGGUGCCUCUGGCGAAGACAGGGACAAGGACACGGACAAGAACAAGGACAAAGACAAGGCGGACAAGCCACCGGCCAAGGUGAUGGUCAACUCGUCAGUCGGCAUUGUGCCCCGUGCCCGGACGAAAGCUGCGCUGCGGAGGGAAGCGGCCGAGAGGGAGGCAUUGCGCAAGGAAUUCCUCAUGCUGCAAGCUGCCGUCAAGGCGACGGAGAUUGCCAUCCCGUUCGUCUUCUACGACGGGACCAACAUUCCCGGCGGCAUCGUCAGGGUCAAGAAGGGGGACUUCGUUUGGUUCUUCUUGGACAAAAGCCGUAAGGUCGGCGCACGACUUGGAGUGGGUGCAGAUAAAGUGGUGAAUGCUAGGCGGGACUGGGCUCGCGUCAGCGUGGACGACUUGCUGCUUGUGAGAGGAACCAUAAUCAUACCCCAUCAUUAUGAAUUCUACUUCUUCAUCAUCAACAAGACCAUCGGCCCAGGCAACAAGCUCCUCUUUGACUACAGCGCUGAAGCGACCCCGACGCAGCCAGCAGCAGGUGCUUCAGGCACAUCGGGAAUUAACAGCACGCCUGACCUCUCCAAACUUGAAGGGGCGUCGGAUGACCCGACCUUCACGAAGGUGGUUGAUCGGCGGUGGUAUCAGCGCAACAAGCACAUCUACCCGGCCAGUGUGUGGCAGGUAUUCGAUCCGGAGAAAGAUUACUCGAAGGAGAUCCCGCGGGAUCCCGGAGGCAAUGCCUUCUUCUUCACGAGGUGAUGACACCGGUGUCGGGAGCAUCGCGUUGAUUUAAACACGGCGUCACCCCUGCAGCACAAGCAGAGUUGUUUUGGCGCCCGUUAA